GUCGCAGUGUUAGUAUUUUAUCCGUAGACGUGAAUUCUGCCCAGCUGUCACUCGUGGAUGUUAUAACAGCAGAAAAUAUGAAUUGCAAGUGCUCUUUACGGUUAUAAAAAUUGUCAACAACAAAAAAUCCAGACAUUGUAUGUGACUAUCAAAUCCCUCAAUCGACUUUUGUUGUGACAUUUUAUACUCGUUCACCAUGUCUGUUGGACAGGCUUCUAAGACAACUGGUAUUCAGGUGUAUCGUCACUGUAUUGUACUAAAAUUUCGUUGGCUAGUAGAACAGAUGCCAACAGAUCAUCCAAUUAUUUCAGAGCCAUUUGAAUACCGCAAUGAGAAACUAUUUUCAGUCAGCUUGGACGGUCAAAUUGAGCAGAACAACCAACAAUCAGGCUUUUUGCUCACCUUCACCAGCUCAAACCAUCACAAGAUUGGAUUACAAAUCAAGAAAGUUCUAUUGACAUUAACUUGCCCAGGAAUGACCGAAUCUGACUCAACUGAAAUGCAACCAAAGGAGAAUCUGGAAGAAGAUGAAAUUCAUAAAGUGUUUGUCCUACACACAGGACCACUUCCCUUGCCUGUCACAGUGACUUACUACAUUCACGUCAAUGAGACUAUACCCAACUACCGGUACGAGAUAGUCGACUUGCUUUGCAUGGCUCAACUUUGGCUGGCUGCUCGGAAAAGACAGUAUACGGAUUUUGAGUUUCUAGUCCAAGGUAAAGUUUUCGCAGCUCAUCGGGCGAUUUUAGCUGCCCGAAGCCCCGUUCUAGGCAACUUAUUGGCCCAUUCAGGAGUAAACUUUCAUCGCAUCGAGGAUAUAGAUGCACACGUUUUCGAACAAUUUUUACAUUUUGUCUACACGGGUCGCUUAACCAUCUCCGCUUCUGAUCCUCAACUUCUUGUAGCUGCUGAACGUUUUCAAAUAGAUACUCUGAAGAAACUGUGCCAAAAUGCUGCGCGAGGAUCGGACUCUGGCAAUACCAUCAUCGACAUAACUCAUUCAUAAAGAUCCCCUCUCAUCUAAAUGAACCCUUUGACACCAAGUGGCUACGAUCCUGAAUAUUAGUGAUACAAUGCCUGCCGUCAAAUCUGCUUGAAUCAUGUGUCCAAUAAACUGUGUUCAUUGUU